GGGGCUGCACGUGGAAAUCCGUGGCUGCUGGGCGCCUGUUUGCGUUGUCGCCGCGGGUCCGCUUCUUUUGCGCCUCGCCAUGGCCGGCAUUCUUUUCGAGGAUAUUUUCGACGUGAAGGACAUCGAUCCCGAGGGCAAGAAGUUCGAUAGGGUUUCCCGACUCCAUUGCGAGAGCGAGUCCUUUAAGAUGGACCUGAUCCUGGAUGUGAACGUGCAAAUCUAUCCCGUCGACCUGGGUGACAAAUUCCGCCUCGUAAUUGCCAGCACCUUGUACGAAGACGGGACCUUGGAUGACGGGGAAUACAACCCCACAGAUGACCGACCCUCCAGGGCCGACCAGUUUGAGUAUGUAAUGUACGGGAAGGUAUACAGGAUUGAAGGGGACGAGACGUCCACGGAGGCAGCCACACGCCUCUCUGCCUACGUGUCCUACGGCGGCCUGCUCAUGCGACUCCAGGGAGACGCCAACAACCUGCACGGCUUCGAGGUGGAUUCCCGGGUUUAUCUCCUGAUGAAGAAACUAGCCUUCUAAGCAGCCCGAGGCGGGGGCUGCACUGGGCUUGGACUCCUUGAGGGCAGGACGGAUUUGCUGCCAGGAUGAGCAGGGGGCAGGGAGGAAAUGCAAAGCCUCCCACCCCGGUUGGGGUUCUCUCUCUGUCCUCUUUGCCGGUGAAAACCAUGAACGGGUGAGGUGCUUCAUCUGCGAAGGAGGGUAUCAUGGGGAGGGUGGCUCCUCCCACUUGGUCCUUGGGUGGGGCUAUGCAAAUGAGCGCUGCUCCCUUCCAGUGGGCGGAGCCUUCUCCAGCCCACCCCAUUCUCUGUCCUCCCCGUUACAGACCUCUUCCUCAUUUUAUUGCCUUUCUAAAGCAAGAUUUGGAAUGUUUCUUAGUGGGAAGGGGUCUUGCCAGCCUGCUGGGUCUGGUCUCAGUUCUGUGUCUGAUUUAGGACUCCCCUGUUCUGUGGGGCUUGUCCCCCCGCUCCCCCAGCAGCCCGUAUCCAGCCAUCCAGAGACUUCAUGGGGCAGGAUUUUUCCACUUCUGUCUCCUGCUUCAGCCCACUGAAAUUUGUGGGGUUUAGGUUCAGUGGCCCCUUGGGAGCCGCACAGGGGCAAAGUGGGGCUCCGUGGGGUGGGGGCAGGGAGGAAUUGGUGGAAAUUCCAUUCUGGCAAAGAGCCACUGGUCACCACUGAUCUUUCAAGCGAGGGGCAGCUUCUGGAUCGUGUGCUGGCUGCAGGAGGGGUAGUUCAUCAAGUCAUUUAAUCUUAGUUUUAUUGCUGUCAUUAA